AUGUCCAGCAUGAAGGGCUCCCAUGUUUUCCGGGCUCCCAAGUUGGGCCGAAUGGUCAGCUCGGUCGCUGGAGUUAUCGUGGAGGCUGCCCGCAGAGCUUGGAUUGUGCCCGAGCUGCCCUGCGAUGAGGUGAAGGCGACAUUGCAACUGAGCUUCAGGGAUGCUUUGCGGCAGGUUGAGGACCUGCAAACGGGUUUCCACGGCCUGGUGAUGGACACCUGGAUCAAUGUCACCCAGACGCAGGUGCUGAGUGGUGCCUGGCAGUGGUGGCGCUUCCUGGGCCCUUUGCUGCCGGCGGUGUCCGCGGCCUUCAACUUCCAGGCCGCCCUAUGCGCUCGCAGCAGCUGCUGCCGAAGCUGGUCGCUGGGAGAGGCGCUCCUGUGCUGGCGCCAGGUACAGGAGAGGAUGAACCUCCUGCUCUGGCUGGGAACCUUCCAAGGCAGCUUCGCCCUGGCACCGGACAGUGUGGAGGGGCGAUUUCUAGGUGAAGGUGAAGGAUGGAACGAGGAGUUGCACUUUGAGAUGUCCACCGGCGAGCGCGUGGUGCACCAGAGCUGGACUGAGUACCGCUCCACCAUGCGCCUCUUCGACCUCUGCAGCGAGUCUUUGCUGCUGGCAUUGCAGGGCCUAGAUCAGACCACAGAUAGCCCUGGCUAUGCAACGUCUGUAGUCGCCCUGUACGAGCUGGCCAACAUUCGCACUGUGGAUGAGGGUCUGCUGAGGUGGCUUUCCCAAGGCAUCUUCCGUGGGAAGGCGGUCGGCGAGUUCGGGGCGCUGACCGGCGCCAGCGCCACGUGGCUGAACCACACGGGGCUGCUGCGCGCCUGGGCCUUCGAUGGGGCGCGGCAGGUUGCAAAGCUGACCAAGGGCCGGGUCACGGAGAAGGACCUGUCGGUGCCCUUCCAGCUGCCUCGGAGCUUCGAGUGGGUGCUGUGCCUGGAGGUGGCGGAGCACAUCCCGGAGGCAAAGCUGCCGAUCUUCCUGGGGAACCUCCGGCGCCACGUCACGGAGGGCGCGGUGGUGUCCUGGUCCUGGUGCGGCGCUGGCGGGGAGAACCACGUGAGCUGCCGCAGCCCUGAGGAAGCCCGAGAGCUGAUGGCAGACCUUGGUCUCAAAGCAGACCCCGAAGCCUCUGCGGCAGCGCAGGCCAGCAGUACCUGCUACCACGUGGUGACGAGUGCUCGCAUCCGUGGCAAAAAGGAGCAACUGGAGAAGGCAUUUGGCGCUCCGCUGCGUGAGCACCGAAGUGGCCAAGAGCUCUCAGGAGUGUCACCUAUACCCGCGUGGCGAGAAGCUGAAAGAAAUGUGCAGAACCUCGGGGCAGCAGACGUGAAGAGGGUGCCGCGCAUGGGCUCCGGGCAGCUCCGACACCUCGCGCAGGCGGCUGCGGCAGAGGGCGGCUCGGAGGCCUUGUGGUCCGCCGUGGCGGCCAGGUGUCAGGAGAUCGCUGACGGCAUGAACUACUGGGAUCUGGUGCACAUUUUGCAGGCCUUCACAGAAGCUGGCGUGUCAAAUCGGGACUUGUUCUUGCGACUCGCAGAUGCCUUGACUGCCAAGACUGCCAAGAUGGCCCCCAAGCACGUCCUAGAUUUGCUCGCCGUCUAUGAGGCGGCCGAUCUGCGCCCAAGAGCCCUCUAUGUGGAGCUCUUGCACGCGGUGCUGCGCCUGUCCAGGUCCAUGUACGCAGAGGAGCUCACGCUGACACUGCAGGCCUUGGCGCGGUAUAAUCUGGGCAACCCAACGGUCGUGUCUCAGCUGAUGCGCACGGUGCGGAACGAGAUCAAAGAAUUCAGGCUUCGGUAUCUCUGCGCCAGCGCCGGCGCGCUGGGCGCUCUUCACGCAUGCCCUCAAGAACUCUUAGACGUCCUCGAUCAGCGAGCACGCUUUGAGGUGGAUACGAUCAGCGUCCAAGAGCUUCUGGACAACAUCCAGGCCUUCCCUCAGCUGGAGUUUUCCUGGCAGCCCUAUGAGGACCUGUGCCUGACGGAGUUUCUCCAACGGCUGUCCAAGUUCCGGACCGCGGAGGAGGUGGAUCAGCUGGUCUCGCCGUUUGAGGUGGCGCGGUUCCUGCAGAGCCGGGGCCUUCUGAGCCCCGAGUUCCUGCGGGCCCUGUGCCAGUGGUCCCUGAAAGGCGCCCACCGCCCCAACGUGCGCGCGGAGCGCCGGCCCAGCACCCGCCAGCUUUUGCAGCUCCAGGACCUCUGCUUCGAGCACGGCCUGGAAGAGGAGCCUGCCCUGCAGGAUGCGAUACAAUACUUUGUGGAGUCCGCAGGGGGGAAGUGGCAUUCCAUCUACGCCAAGCCGUUGAAGUACAAGAGGAGGCGUGCCUACAUCCGCCGGGAGGAUCCUCUUGAUGGCCUUGAGCUGCCAGAGCUGCCUGAGCCGGUGUCAAGGCCAAAGCAACUGGAGCAGCGGCCGGAGGAUUUGGCGGCCCUGCCCUCAAGCCAGGAGGACACACAGCUGGCGCCAGCGGAAUCAGAUUCGCCUUCACAGGAAACCAAUGCGCUGGCAUCUUUCGAAGACGAGGGUCCCAGAAUAAAGCCCUCAGCACCAUCGCCAUUGCUGGAGAACGAG